AAAUUAAUAAAAAUUAUAAAUAACGGCAAUAAAUAUAUAUAAUCAUAAUUAAAUCAAAUGUUUAACAGCCGUCAAAGCUAUAAUCCUAAUGAUGUUUUAUCAUCAAAUAAAAAUAUAAUAUUAUCUGGUACUUUCAAUAACCCUUAAAAUUAAGUCUAAUCUCCUGAUACUUAGCGUUUAAACAAUCUUCUAUCCUACAAUUAAUCAAUAAAUGAAUCAAAACACACCAUUAAUAAUAAUAAUUUAAACUAAGCUGAUUUAUGGAAAAGUAGAUGUAAUGAAUUAGAAUCAUGUUUAUGUUAGGCUAAUUCUGAUUUAGAACUUGCAAAUUUUCGAGCUAGAAAAUCUUUUGAAUUGGAAUCAAAAGUAGAAAAUAUAUUAAAAUAGAACGCUGUAAUAUGCUCUGAAAAAGAGAUUUUAUAGAAAUAAUUAGACUAGAAAAAAGCUGAGAUUGAUUUGUGGAAACAAAAAUAUGAAUCAUAAAUGAAUAAUGUUGUUUCUUUGAAAUAAAAUUACGAAUUAGAACUCAAAAGACUAUUAUAAGAAAAUACUAGAGUAAAAGAUGAACUUAAAUAGGCUGAAAUUGACAAAGUAAGACUUAUUGAGGAGAAGAAAUUUCGAUUAUAUACUGAAUUUCAUGAAAAAAAUGAAACUUAAAAAAAAUAGCAUGCUUAAAAUAUAGAGCUUUAUGAAGAAUAGUUAAAAAAAUUAAGAAAUAUAGUUGAAGAUAGGGAAAAGGAAAUUUCUUUAUUAUAAUCUUAAGUUUCUAAAGUUAAAUAUGAUGGAAAUUCUUAAUAAAAUCGCAUAUGUGAAGACCGAGAAAGACUUAAAAUGAAAAUAUCAGAAUUAGAAGUUUAAUCUUAGUAAGAAUUGGAAAAUUUAAGGUCGAAACUCGAUAAUUAAACAGGUCAAUAGCUCGAUUUGUUGAAAAAAUUACAUGAUAAUGAACUAGAAGUGAUGGGUGGGGAAGUUAAUAAAUUGAGGAAUUUAUUAGGUGUAAAGACUAGAGAAAUAGAGGCCUUGAUAAAUUAAAAUAGAGGACAAAAGGCAAACUUUGAGGAGGAAAACUAACUUUUAAGGGAGGAAAUUUAGGCUUUUAAAGAUAGAAUUGUAGAUAAUAAUGAUUUUGCGAAUAUGCAAAUAUAGGAAAUAAAAGAAUAAUUAUCAAACUAGAAUUCUUAAGACAUUUAAGGACUAAAAUAUCACCAUGAGAAUUAAAUUGAAGCUUUAAACAAUCAAAUUGAGAGUUUAAAGAAGAUAAUUUAAGAUAAAUAAAGCGAGAUAGAAAAUUAAAUUAGGGAAAAAAUGCUAUAGAGAGAUAAUUAUAAUCUUGAAUUAUCUAGACUAUGUGAAGAUAUUGAAAACUGGAAAAACAAAUUCGAUAAUUUAUAAAAAGAGAAAUAAAAAUAAUCGGAAGAAUGUUAAUAAAAAUAUAAUUUGUUGAAUUUAAACAAGAAUGAAUUCACAAGUUAAUAAUAAAAUUAAAUUAAAUAUUUAGAAUAAGAAGUAGAAAAUCUCUAAAAACUUUCAAAUAUUAAAAAUUAAGAAAUAGAUUCCAUUAGAGCUCAAAAUAUGUAAAAUGUACUUGAUUUAUAGUAAGAUUUAGAUAAUAGAAAUUAAGAAGUUGAUAGUUUGUAGAAAAAUCUGACAAAUCUUAAAAAUGAAAGGGAUAUUACUGUAGAAGAUUUAAAGCUUAAAAUAUAAGUUUUAAAUACUAAUUCUAAUGAAUAGAAAAAAAAAUUAGAAACUGCAAUUAAAUAUUUAGAAUCGGAUAUUUAAAAAUUAAAAGAAAUUAUUGAGUUGAAAGAAAAAGAAGUAUAUAAUUUACAUAAAUAAAGGGAUAAUUUAGAAAGAGAAAUUAAGAAAAUAAAUAAUGAAAAUUCUAGUUAAGCUAAUCAUGUUUUGAAGUUAGAAAGAUUAAAAGCUUAAGAAUUGGAGGAUUAGAGAAUUAAAUUAGAAAAAAUUAAUAAUUAUACUAUUGAAUAAAUUAAGAUUUCUCAUUAAAAUUAAAUUAAUAUUAUGAAUGGGGAAAUUGAAGACCUGAAAAAUAUGUGUGCGUUAAAAAAUGCUGAAAUUAAUGAACUAAUCAAUAAAUAUGAAAAAAUUGAAGGGGCUAUGAUAGAAUAUAAAUUUAAUGCAGAAAAAGCUAAAGAUUAUUAAAAUUAAUGUAGGGAAAUUGGAAACGAUAUUAUGAAUAAUAAAAGUACUUAUGAAACUUAUUCAAAGGUUAGAAAUUCAAGGUAUCCUUCUACAUAAAAUAUUAAAUGA